AUGCCCCCACAGAUGUGUGGUGUGACCAGCUUCCCACAAACCUUCAUUCUGACCGUAGCAGCCAGCGACACGGGCCACCCGCCACUGACCACGUCUACUAACGUCACCAUCACCCUCAACGACGAUCCAACAACUCCACCCAUUCUCAGACCACCAAUAAAUCUGCACCAUCACUCUCCUAACAACCGUUUCCAUGGCAAAACAGCUCAUUACGGGUCAGCGAAAAAUAAUAGCAACUACUUUGCCAAAAAUAAAUACAACAUCGAUGAUAGUGAUGGCGUCGGCCGGGAUGAUGACGAUGAUGAUGGAAACGAUGACGUCAGAUUGUUCAAUGGGUUCAGCAGCGUCGGCGAUUAUGACGACAUGCUGAGCAAUGAGCAGAAGCACUCGUCAUCAACCAACCGCGGCAAAACGAAGCCGAUGGUCGCUAUCGUCACCGCUUGCGUCUCCAGUCUGGUCAUCAUCUUCCUCCUCAUCAUCCUCGUCUGUGCUUGCAGGCACAGACAGCGGAAACACAAACAAAGAUCGCAAAGCAAACAAAGACAGCAGGAGGACAUGGAUUUAAAUUUGAGUUCCUCGUGCAACACCGCUGCGUCCCUACAUAGAAGUAAAAUCGAUUCUUGUUACGCCGACUCCAAUGUGACAAAGUACGUCUCUUCUUUGGUCAAGUCAAACAAUUUCAGUCCCGUCAAAAAUAAAUAUUCUCCCAUGAAUCAGUCAGCAUUGAAAUUAGGUCACAAUGUCCCCCAGUCAGCUGUGAAAGUAGGUCACGAGGCACCACGAUCAGGCUGUCGGAAAUUAAUUCAGCCAAGUUGUAACGACUCUGGAAUAAUUUAUUCGUCAGAUGGGCGUGAGAUGCUAAGAGAUGAUGUGGCGCUUGAUUCGAUGUUGAAGGGUGGCUGGAGUGGAAGCGUUUACCUCAAAAAUUUUAACGUCGCCAACAGCAACAUCAACUCUGACAACAUCUUCCACAACAACAACAACUUUUAUAAUAAUAAAAUUAAAAAUUUCAACAGCACAAUCCAAAACGUUUACAACAAUUUUGAUUCCAUCUACAACAACAACAACGACACAACCACAAGCAGCCACAACAGCAACAACAACAGCAACAUCUUUCAAUCAAAAAGCAUGUACUGUCUGGCUAAUAAAUCAAUUCCAGCAUCUGACACUCAAAUGCAAUAUAAACUUCCACAGCAGCCAAAAACAUCUCCACAGCAGAAUUUAUACUUUUCAACGCUGCCACUCCAACACAAAACAAAAAGCAACAACUCCAUAAAUUUGGAAACAUUUCAUAACAAAAAUGAUGACAAUAGCAUUGCUAACAUCAAUAACAACAACAUUAAUGAUGCACGAAAUAGUAAUAGCCUACUGCAGCAGCAACAGCAGCAGCUGCAACAACAACAGCAAUUAUCAUCUUUGACGCAUCACUCCCUGGACACGACCACGGUGGAUCACUACCCUGCCACCAUCAAACCAGGAGUCUGCUGCAUUCGUGUCAACAGUAAGAAGUUGAAUGGCUGCUAUGAUGAUGUCUUUUUUGGAAAUAAUGACUUCAAGAGAUCAAACUUAUGGAACAGGCGUUUAUGA